UUCUGACAGCGCUGCUCGUGACGAAUUUACGUCACCGUUUACGACACACAAACAGCGGUAACUCAAACCACGAGCGAAGCCCACGAGAUCACGAAGAUGUUAUUUUUGUUUGUUUGUUUGUUUGUUUUAACGUUAUAGAUAUAUAAAAUGGUGUCUUUGGAGCACUAUCAGUUUUUAGAGAGCUUUAAAAGGAAACGCAUCCGACUUACAACAAAAGGCAGCACAUUUGAGGGCGUUGUGCAGCGCAUUAAUUUGAACAAAACUAUCAUUUUAGAGGAUGUGGUUGAAGUUCAGAGCAACAGCCGGUUUCUCGGAGCUAAACUCUUCUUCGGACAAGAAAUCCUGAAUAUUGAGUUUACUUCCUCCUCUAACAGAGACCUCCUGGGUGAUGAGGAUCAUGAGAAGGUGGGUCAGCUGAGCCUGGCUGAGUAUCAGCCCUACAGGAGCACGCUGUUAGGUGAUGGAGAUGGUGAUGAUGAGGAGGAUGAGCAGUUUGUGAACUAUAUGGUUGUAGAUGAGUUCCAUGAGAAGUUUGGACCUGCACUGAUGCACAUCCGGAAGCAGCGGGUGAUAGGGCUUGGGCUGGAUGGAGUUGGUGCUUUCCAGAAUGAGAGGCUCUGCUGGCUGCAGGUGGCGACUAAAAACAAGGUGUAUCUCUUUGACAUCCUGUUGCUCGGAGCUCGAGCUUUUAGAAAUGGUUUGUCUAACAUUCUGGGGAGCGAGAACAUCCUGAAAGUCAUGCACGACUGCCGGAGGAUCUCUGGGUGUCUGAUGGUGCAGUUUGGCGUGAAACUGACGAACGUGUUUGACACGCAAGUUGCUGAUGUCAUGCACUUCUACACAGAGACAGGGGGCUUCCUGCCCACACGGGUGAGCACGCUCCAGGAGGUCAUCACCGGUCACUUAAAAAUGCCGUUAUACCGUCUGUCCUCUCUGAACAUCAAGGAUCAGCUCUGUAGGGAAGACAAAGAAGUCUGGUACAUCCGUCCUUGCCCUGCGCCGCUCCUAAAAGUCAUGGCAUUGUCUGUGAUCCACCUGCAGCCGCUUCGUCUUAUGCUUUUGGACGCCCUGAUGUCUGACUACACCAGUCUGGUGGACACCUAUCUAAAGACCGGUCAGGAAAACCCUUUAUGCACAUUGGACUUCGGCAAGACUGGCCUCGAGCUCCCUCAGGAGCUGCGUGAAAUUGAGGUGAUCAAAUGUGAUCGGCGGAAAUGGGCUGUGGACCACUAUAACAUCACAGAGGAUGGACUUCUGGACCGCUACAACGUCAAGCCGACUUCAGAGCCAGACUCGGAGAUUCGGGAACAGCCGGAGAUCCUGGAUUCCAGCCUGGAUGCUGCAGAAAAGUGUCCCUGUCCUGCUGAAAAGUCAACACUAAGAGGAGGAAGUGUGCCGGAUAAAGAUGUCACUACUAUGCCAAAUAUAGGGAGGGGGUUUGUACUUCCUGCCCCAGUAGUACCCUUCAGAGAAAAUGCGCUACUCCAGAAAAGCACUGCAGAGACGGGGCCCGUCUCCAUCAUGGGGGGCGUAGCUCAAAAUGGCGCCUGUUCGGUACCCGUCAUGGGGAGAGGACUCUUUAACAGAUCGUUGUAGCCCAAAAUCUAUAGGGGGAAAAAAAAAAAACACUAUAUAGAAGCCUUGGUGAACUUGCUUGUUGUUGUAUGGGUAUUUAAACAUUUGUUUAAGCAUGUUGCUUUUGACUGUGGUUAAAAUUAAGGUCAGAAAUAAUUUAGUUUUGUUUCAUUUUCUGACUCUGCCUUGUCACCUAAACUUUUUAUUUGAGAUAAUAAGAACGUUGAAAGUUUGAAUUUUCAAGCUGAAGUUUAAUUUCUGACCGAGCUGCAGUACUAUUGUUGUGUUCGUAGAGGGCAGUGUUGCUUACAGAAUUAAAAAACAAAACCUGCUGAGUUUAAUCUGUUUAGUUAACGAGUGGCUGAUUAAUAAUUAGUGUUAAAUGUUCCUUUAGCUCUCUGAGCGCAUUAAUAAUUCAGCGGGAAUGAUGUAAUGUUCUUGUUUUCAUUACUGUACCUCAUUACAAUAAAUGUUCAAUGUCGUGUUUAAUCAUGUGCCGUUCAGUCAGCGUGGACAGGCCCAGCGGUCUGCAACUGUUAAACCUCACACUAACUGAUGUUCUUUCUUUCACUAACACAGUGUGUGGCUGAAAAAGUCACUCCAUAAUGAAGUGAUCCCUGAGGCGUAGCCCUGUCGGAGCGUACUGUCAUUUUCACCCUUUACACAAGUGUGUAUAAAAGAGUUUAAUGAAGAGGCACUACAGCACUUUAAUUAAAAAGACCUGAACUGAGGGCAUCCAUCCUUUACAGAUAUCUUCACAGCCCAUUGUUCAGCUGAGUGAUUAAUCCGUUUGCGUUUAUUCUUUUAAGCAAACGCUUUUAUCCGAACUGCAGUCGGAGAUGAUAGACCUACUUGUACAAUUCAGCACUGUUGAAUCAUGAAUUCUCGUUCAUUUUCUAUAACAUGAGCUCUGACAGUAGUGCAGCUGCAAAUUACAGAUUUAUAUACGUCAUCGUUUGUAUAGUAACAGCUCAUCAUGCCAGAUAAUCCACGUAUACUAAAAUGAAUAAUAAUCCGAUUAAAAAUAUCUUAUUUAACAAAGACAAACGUGUGGUUGUUGAUAUGGUGACAUUUUAUGUGAGGAAAUAUUUACUUAAAUAUUCCAUAAAUAUUUACUUCAUAUUUAUGGACGGAGUCUCCAGUGUAAGUGCUAUGCAACAGAAGAAAAGCUGUAACCCACAUGACUGGUUGAUUAGAUAACUGCAUGAAUGUUCCUAAUAAAGUGGACAGGGAGUGUAUAUAUUAAUGAUCUUUGAUUUGAAAUGAAUAGGGAAGUAGUAAAAAGGGUGUAGGGGUUUUAAUAAAAUGUAACUGAUUAAGAGUAUGAGUAUUAAAGACUCUCAUACGUUCUCCCUCUGACUUCAUGUUUGAGUGAGACUGAUCUGUUUAUGUGAUUAGAUUUUGUUUGGAAUAAGUCAUUCAGAUUAUUAUCGGAUGCCAAUGAAAGACAUGUUGCAUUUAUUUCUUGUCAUUUUAUCCCCCUGCAUACAGUACAGCCCCAUUUUCAUCAUCAUCACACUUGUAGUAAAUUUAGCUUCUAUUUAAUGAUGCUCUCUAAACUGAGGGCAACCAGUAUGUCGAUGGCAGAUUAACUGUCUCUCCUUUCUCUCCUCCACUGUAAUGAAUUUCCUGUCCAUAGAUGUCCUUCUUCUCCCAUAUACUCUCAUUAGGAAGUUAGAAGCAGGAAAUGACCUAACAUCCCUCCCCCUGUUUGUUUACUCCUGCAAGAACUGUUGUUUUCAACCACAGCGUGAUGCUGAAAGAUUUCCAUGGAGAUGUUAUCGUAUUACCACAUGUGUUUCUAUCUGCAAACGUCUGAAACCUUAAACGUCUGAGAAAUUCCCCACAAUUGAGUCACUAACCUAAAGAAAAAGAUAGCUUUGUCUUUGCCACAAAUAAAGAGGCGGUGGUAAUUUAAGCUUCCUGCCACUCUAUGUUUUUUUUCCCCUCUAUCUCUCUCUGUUCUUUAGCUCUACUCCUGUCUGAAUUGCGGAGAAAGACAAAAUAAAGGCAACUGCAGCAAUUCCGUUCCCAUUGGCCCUGCAGCAAAUUGGCCCUUUAUCAAAGGCAGGUCUCAUCUAUCAGCACACAGACGGGUAUUGAAAUUGGUCUGCAGCCCACAAAUCAGGCCAAUGGAUCAGCUCUUAUCUGGAGCAAGGCCGUCAUCACUCAGGUGCUGUGAGAGAGCAGGAGGACGGACACAAGGCCUUUUUUCCACCGGUGAUGGAUGCGACCUUCUCUUGACCUCUUUGAAGGCCAAAGCAUGACACUUUGCUUAGUUAUAAGGAGCUAUAAGGAACUUUUUUGUCCUGCUAUAUGUCCUC